AUGUCUUCGGGGGUCAAGCUUUCUGACUUUGAUGCGGAUGAAGAGGCGACAGAUUUUCCGUUUCGUGAGCUAGUAGGAUCUUUGAUGUGGCUGGCGACUCAGACUAGGCCAGACAUUGCGAAUGCAGUAAGGGCAGUAACUAGAUAUUGCGCGUCUCCGAAGCGGGUGCACCGGGAUGCAGCGAUGGGUAUAUUAGGGUAUUCGAAGAGGACGAUUUAUAUGGGUAUUUCAUUUCAGAGAGGUACGGUAGAAGGAUUCAGCUUGCAGGGGUACGCUGAUGCGGACUUUGCGAGCAAGGCAGCAGACCGUAGGUCGGUAUCAGGGGGGAUCGUAACAUGCGGAGGAGGCGUUGUGUCUUGGUUUUCCAGAACGCCGAAAUGCUUUACGCUUUCGACAACAGAAGUAGAGUAUGUCGCGCUUGGCGAUGUAGUGAAGGAGAUUUUGUUUUUGAGGCAAGUUUGGCGAUUUAUGUUGCCGAAGGUCAG